AUGUCUUCAAGUUCCGAGCCUUCCUAUGAGUCCUGGGGGUUUACCACAAGCUCCCCAGGUUCUCGUGGCGACUGUGACUUCGAGUCAGAGUCAUUGUUGCCAAGACACCCGGGCCGGCCGAUAUAUGGCUCCGCCACUGGCCUCUCCCACUGGCUUCAAGUUACUGCCGACCCAGUAGCAAUGCCAAUCCCAGGAAUAAUUUCUUGGACAACCCACGACUCUAGAUUUGAGCUGGAGAAAGAGUCCAUAUUCUCAGAGUCAGGCUACUUGCAAGCUACGACCAAUACGAGGAGUAGUGAUAUGCCAGUGACCGCAUCCGCCCAGUUCCCAAAUGUCAGCGUCGGCGGCGGCGACAACCUUCAAGUUGCUGAAUAUGAGAGGAAUAUAAGUUACCUCUCAUUUAGUGAAGCAACUGAUAAGUUGCAAGUUGCAGAUACUAGUAGGUCCAUCAAUCCACCUUAUAUCAAUGGUGUCUUUACGACGCUACAUCCGGCCAACUCCGACAACUACUUCAGCAAUGAUAUUGCUGCUAGUCAUCCCACUAGCAGUGAGCCCAAGAGCAAGUUUGAUUUUGAUGAUUGCUCAUGUCCAUUUGCUGGCGACUCGGAUAAUAGUGCAGCACUGUGCACUGGCACUGCCAACUUGAAUGAUAUCAGUGCUGCAGGUUUACAUCCUCCAGCGCUAGCACCAUUCACUGGCCCGGGCCCUCGCCUCGACUUCUCCCCUUUUCAAUUUGUCAAUUUCGAACCCCCGAUCCACCCUGCCAGUGCUUUCCCACAAUCUAUCUCUACCCGCCGGUCCCGCCCUUGUCCUACAGGGUUCAAAUUUGGCUUUAACACGAAGUCGCUGGUGCCAAUCGAUGCGCCAAUUCAGAAAAAGAGGCAGCAUACUUCAAAAACGACAUCCACUGGCCAGAGGGAAUUAGUAGAAGACGAGGAACCCCACCAAGAAGAGAAGACGGAACAGGAGAUUAUGGCUGAGAUCAAGAGGCUAAAAAAUACGUUGUCAGCAAGAAGAACUCGAAAACGGAAGGUGGCACACCUUAACCGCCUCCAAGAUGAGCUGCAGAUCCUGCAAGGCGAGGUGCGAACGCUCAAUAGCAUGAACAGGAAACUCAAGGAGCAAUUGAGUCGAGCUAAUCGCAUGCAAAGCCCGUAA